ACACGGAGCUGUGCACGUACGACCGGAGGGGGCGGGGCCACGUCACGGCAUCCCAGCAUUCCUGCUCGUCAUAGGUUGAAGGAGGAGGAGAAAAAAAAAAUAAAAUAAAAAAAUAAAAACAAGUGCGUGCGGUUCUCCUCGCAGCUCCUGAGUAAGACGCGCUGGAUGCGGAGGGCGGGAGGCGCUGCUGCUCACACCCGACCACUGAAGCCCACCGACGGGUUCCUUUGUCCGGCCUCACGGAGUCACGACACCGCUGUCAGCGCCGGCGGGCGGGUCCUGCAACGCUUCUCAGCACCACCUGAAGAUCUGCUGUGAGCAUCUGAAGUAGAAAAACAGAUAAAGAAACAUCCUCGACAAGAUCUGAGAAGAUGGAAGGACAGCAGCAGGAGAAGCAGGUGACAGGUUACCUCCUGUUCUCUCUGGGCACCGCCGUCAUCGGCUCUCUGCAGUUCGGUUACAACACGGGAGUCAUCAACGCUCCGGAGCAGAAACUACGAUCCUUCUUCAACGACACCUGGGUGGAGCGCUAUGGCGAGCCAAUCAGCCCGGGCAUCUGCACCAUCGUGUGGAGCGUCGCCGUCGCCAUCUUCAGCGUGGGCGGCAUGGUGGGCUCCUUCAGCGUGGGAGUCAUGGCGAACCGAUUCGGCAGGCGCCGCUCCAUGUUCCUGGUGAACUCUCUGGCGGUGAUCGGCGGCCUCCUCAUGGGCUUCUCCACCAUCUGCUCCUCCUACGAGAUGGUGAUCGCCGGUCGCCUGGUCAUCGGCCUGUUCUGCGGGCUCUUCACCGGCCUGACUCCCAUGUACGUCGGCGAGGUGUCGCCCACCCCCCUCCGAGGAGCCUUCGGCACGCUUCACCAGCUGGGUGUGGUGGUGGGCAUCCUGAUCGCUCAGAUCUUCGGUCUGGAGGGUCUGCUGGGCUCGGAAAAGCUGUGGCCCCUGCUGCUGGCCCUCACCGUGGCCCCCGCCGUCCUGCAGUGCAUCCUGCUGCCCUUCUGUCCUGAGAGCCCUCGCUUCCUUCUUAUUAACCUUAAACAGGAGGAGCAGGCACGCAAAGCGCUGGUGCGUCUGCGUGGCAGCGAGGAUGUGAGUAAAGACCUGCAGGAGAUGAAGGAGGAGAGCGCCAAGAUGGCCAAGGAGAAGAAAGUGACGAUCCUCGAGCUGUUCCGCUCGGCGUCGUACCGGCAGCCCCUCCUCAUCGCCGUCAUGCUGCAGCUCUCCCAGCAGCUGUCGGGGAUCAACGCUGUGUUCUACUACUCGACGGGUAUCUUUGAGUCGGCCGGUGUCAAGCAGCCCAUCUACGCCACCAUCGGGGCCGGAGUCGUCAACACCAUCUUCACCGUGGUUUCUCUCUUCCUGGUGGAGAAGGCCGGACGAAGGUCUCUGCACCUCCUGGGAUUGGGUGGAAUGGCCAUCAGCGCUCUGCUCAUGACCAUCUCCCUCCUGCUGAAAACUCUGCCUGGUAUGAGCUACGUGGCCAUCACUUCUGUCAUGCUGUUUGUGGCUAUGUUUGAGUUGGGCCCCGGUCCAAUCCCAUGGUUCAUUGUGGCCGAGCUGUUCUCCCAGGGGCCCCGCCCAGCGGCCAUGGCUGUGGCCGGCUGCUGCAACUGGACGGCCAACUUCCUGGUUGGAAUGAGCUUCCCCAAACUAGUGGAGUUGUGUGGGCCUUGGGUCUUCCUCAUCUUCACCACCUUCCUCAUCCUCUUCUUCAUCUUCACCUUCAUCAAAGUCCCAGAGACGAGGGGCAAAACUUUCGACGAGAUCGCUCGCAGCUUCGGCGGCGCGCCGCCUCCCACCUCCUCAUCUGUCGAGGACCCUCCCGCCAGCGCCAGCGCCGCCACAACACUUCCUGCCUCACCGGUGAAGGAGAAGGUCCCGCUGGUGGAGGCGCCGGCAGCAGCUCCGCCUCCUGCAGCUGAAACCACGCCACUUGAAGAUAAAUCAAACUCCACAGUGCAGGAGAGUGUGUAGCUCCAGAUCCAUUAGCUCUAAUGGUUGACGGGGGUUAUAAAUGAAGGAAGAUUCACAGAGAUUUGAAAUAUGCUGUAAAUUGUAGUUAAAUAUCAAACCUCGGAACAAUAUAAACAACAUAAUUUUAUAAUAGAAAACAACUGCAUUAUCAAUUUGUAGGCUUUGACCUUUAAAAGGUCAUGCUUUCUGCUGUCACGGUAACAUUUUCUACAGUUCCUUCCUUUAAAUCCUCCCUUCCUCAACUGUGAAAGGGAAGCGGUCGCUCCGUACAAAACCACCGGUCGAAUCUACUGUACAUUCCUUUAAUUAAGCUCCGCUCAUUAAAAGGGGAUGACACAGCAGCAAACACAGGUUGCGUUCAUGGAAAUACUAACAGAUAAAAUGUCCAUCAGUGCAGACUAACAAGCAGAGUGUGUUGACAGCGGCGCAGCCUUUGUGCAGGUGUUUCCACGCGAGUUAGAGAGUUCGGGUCCACGUGGUGAGGACGAGGUGACGUGGAUCGCGAUGAUGCAAAUAUUUUUCCACGUAUUCCUGUCGUAGUGGAUAUUUUAGUGCAAUAUAACUUUGUAGCUGUAGUUUUUAUCUUGUAAUAUUUCUUUAUGUUUUAUCUGUUUAUUCCCCGUCCUUGUUUUCAGAAGUGUUCUCAGAUCAUAGGUCGAAGAAGGGAUUCUUAAAACUGAAGCUCUGCCUUCAGCUGUCGAAACCAGAGAGGUUUUUUUAAGCGAUGCCAAAGUAGUGAACUUUAAUUUACCAUCUUGUGAACACAUGCGGCUUCAGAUGUGUUUCUCCUGGUCGUUAAAUGUAGGAUGGAAGAUUAGCAGCAGCCACAGGUCAUACUGAGUCGAUCCGUUCUGAAAGCGGUGAUUAAAGCGGUAAUCCACAAGUUUAUUUAAAUUAAAAUUAAAUUAGCAGCAUCCUCGAUGGAAACCAGUUGUUUUGUGGUUUUGCCCCAAAGGUUCAAGAACUUGUUAAUGGUUGAUUAUCUCCUCUGAUAUAUUUAUGCGCAAAUAGGAGAAAAUAGACACCAAUUUGUUAAAUCUUGUGAAUUAUUGCUUUAUUGGAGGGUCUUUUGAUUAGACAAACAAUCGCUUGUAGAAUCACGACUGUGGCUGAUGAUUUUUAGGACCUCUGGAUAAAAACAUGUCGGAUGAAUUGUUUUACACAUGUAGAUCACAGUAGGGUAACGCGCAAUGUAUAUUAUUUUUGUUGAAGAUAAAGAGUAUUUAUUACCUUAGAAGUUAAUUUUUGUAUAAAGUAUAUAAUUAUAAUACACUAAAGUAAAUUUAGAAUCAUAAUGCUUUCCAACCUAGCCCCCCGGGUGACGAAGAUAAAUGAGUCUGUGGUGAAAUGCUCUGGUGGAAGUGAACCUACCACAGACACAUUGAAUUGACUUAAGAGUUAAACACUGUAAAUCUCAUCCGUCGCUCCGUUUAGAUGCACUUUGUGAACCAGUUACGCAGCAAAGCGAAGCUUUUGAGCCACAACCGCCGGUAUAGAAGUCACUGAGCACAACAGCGCUUUAGGUCAAAUUAACCAAAUAAUAAUUAAAAACAACUAUAUUAAGGCUUCCUGAGCAAAAUGUGUAAAUCUGACACGCUGUUAUUAGAAUAGACUUGUAUAAAAUGUGCAAUCAAGAAAUAGGAGCUGAUAAUGAAAAGAGGCAACUAAAGGGGAAGUGCUAAUACUGAAGAAACGACGGGUAAAAUACACUUUAGUGGAAGACCGACUGUCUCUGAAGGGUUGCCAUCAUUUGAUUAGAGUAUCUAAUGUGGUCAAUUCAUUUAUUUUUUAUAUGAUUUUAUAUUUUGACAAAGGGAGAAAUGACUAUGACUAUUCACUUGUGCUGACUACUCUGAUAAUCUGAGAAAAUGAUUUGGAAUCUGUCGACUGUGAGAUGUUAAAUUAAGACAAAGCUUAUUCCAAAAUGGCAAACAGACACUUUUUAGCCGAUGACUGGCAGCUUGUAAUUAACAUGAUUGUUGAUUACAAGAACCUUGAAUUUAACAGAUUGAAGUUUUAGUUUCUUUUAACCUUAAAACGAAACACUAAAAAGUAAAAACUUAACAGUCUUGCUACCAACUGAAUGCUAAUUUAUGUAAGUUAGCCAGUUUGGUGAUUUGCAGACGGUCCAGUCAUUUACCUGGCUGAGCUAGCUUGGAUGUUUAUGCAUCGUCCAACAUCAUGUGUCGUCUUGAAUGAUAGUUAAUUAACCUAUUUGAGGCAACUUUUUACUUUGUAUUGUAACUUUGUUUGUUGGCGUUUAUAGCUAACUUAGCUAGCAGCUAUCUUGUGCUCCAAGAUGUUGCACUCUGGUCUUUAAUUAGAACCAACUCCAAAAUGAGUCUCGCUAAACUAAAACUACAAUCUGCCUUCAAGUCAAAACCACUUUAUUAAGAAUUGCGUUACCUCCUCAAAUAUAUUAAACUGAGCUGUGAGGAAAGACUGCAACUUUUAGCAAUCUCGAUUUUCCAACAUGAAAUUAGACCUAAAGUUUAUAAAUGAACAGUGUUUCCGCCACACAUGAUGUCUGUCGAAUCUCAAAAUCAGACAGUUUUCGCUGUGUUUUCAGGCUUUAUUUGUCGAGUCCGAACGCUGUCUACGCUGUGGUGCUUUGUCCGAAAAGUCUGCCAUCUGUAGCGCUGUCAACAGAUUUAUGUACCACCACCAUCGCACGGUAUCUUUUGGUGUUUAAGUGUACGACACAAAGUAUAUUUUCUAAACUCUGUAGUGGCUGUGAAUUACUGUUGUAAAAUGGAAAUAACUUUCUCAGCUACGGUAAUUCACACGGCACUUCGAGAACAUAUGUAUGUAUUAUUUUAUUUUUUAAUACACAUUGAAAAAAUAUUUAUCUUGACAAGUGUAACGUUUAAUUACCAGCCUUGUUAUAAAAUACUGAUGAUACGCUGAUUUGAAAGUAUGAAAAAUGUCCUUCUGCUGACAUUUUUAACUUGUUUUAAGAAAUGUAAGCCUGUACGACUCUGAUUUGAUGUAAAACCGCUUGUUAAGAUGAAUAUUUCUUACAGUGAGGGGACUGAUUAUGGUGGAAGGCAUGGCUUUGUGAUGUAUUGCUGUGUUUGUGGAUGAUUGUGGCGUACUGUGUUUGCACUGGGGGAGGUGUGUGGUGCACCCUCUCUUGAUAGUGUUCAGUGUUGUAUUCAACCUCUCCUGCAGGGUCCCUGCUUCUACACCCACACUGCUCCUUUGAUAUGACAGUAACGCUGAACUUGACUGAACCUGAGUCGAAUAUGGAUUUAAAAUGCUUUCUAAUACUCAGCUUGCCUAAGUGGGUUUGCCUUUUUGUGAUAUCACAAUUUCAAAUACCUCUAACAUUCAUGCUUGUUGCUCUUUGUUUUAUCUCUGAGUGCUGAGGUGAACUGAAGGUGUCUCGGAGGUAAAACUGAAGACACAGGUUGAGAAUUAUGUUUAAUAACAUUGUAAAGGAAGCCAAAAUGUCACUUAUGUCUCAGGAGGAGAUUUGAUUUUGGUGUGCCGCAUCCAUAACCAAGUUAAGAGUUUCAAUUUAAGGUGCAGUCACGCCAGCAAUUUGUUUUCUGUUGUUCGAGCCAUAGUGGAAAAACUAAUUUGAUUUAUUUGUCAGCAAAACUGCCCAUUUACAAGUGAAUCAGGGAUUGCAAAUCAAAUUUCCACACCAACUCAGUUGCCAAAAUAAAUGUUGGCAAUGUGCAGGAUGUUUCUGCAAACCACAGAUAUGUUGAAACUUAACAUUUAUUUCUGUGGUAACAAUGUUUUCUUAUGACCAGAAUGAAAAAAAAAUCCUGUUGUAAACGCGCUUUGCUUAUGGUCUGGUUAGGUGUAGGCACAAAAAUGUCAUAGGUUAGGGUAAGGAAAGAUCACGUUUGGACUUGCCCGGCAUGUCUUGACAAAUUUAUCUGAUUUUGUGCCCACAAACAUGGCUGGAAAAUGUCCUGCCAUAUCCAGUUGUUUCACGCUUACAUCUGUCCUAGCUGGCGCGCCACCAUAAUCUCCCAGCUGGCUCGCCAAUCCCAUAAUCCUGACGUAAAAGUUAGCGCAUAUAAAAACAAUCUGAAUGUGAUGUUACACAUAUUGUAGGAAUGCUUAUUUGUAUUCAAAUAAAAUAAGAUGGGGUUUUAUUAAAAUAGACGUUAGGUGCCAACAGUUUAUUCUGGCGACUGGGCUGUAUCACUGGCAGCAAUAAACAAUAAACCUUGAUGGAGUAAAUAUCUGCGGACUCAAAAACAAACUGGAUUGGUGUGUCUACACUCUUUAAAAAGACAGAUGCAUUCAACAUAUCACAAAAGUAUGUGAAAGGAUUUUUAAACAAAUAUGUGGACCCAGGUGCAAACUGCUCCUAACCAACGCCAUCCACUUUAUGCACAUGUACGAGCUCACAACCCACCACUUACUGUACAAACUAGGAGAGUAGUAUAAGUAUUUAUUUGUAAAUAUGUAUUUUAUAAAAGAGUACUAUUUAUAUGUUGACUUGCACGGUCAUGCGUGUGUUGGGAUUGUUUUUUUCCUUUGCGGUGUACACGUUCAUUAUGUAGACGGGAAGAUCAGACGCUUUCUGAACUUUCUGCUCUUCUGUGGGUGAACACGAGUCGAUCGCUGACUGAACCAACUUUCUCCUGUCUUUUAAUUUUCCUCUCAUGUGUUUCUCAUCACUCAGUGGCAGCCAUGGGCUUUUAUCUGUGUGCCUAUUCAGAUUACUCUCAGAGCUGUUGAUGGUAGUUUCGUCAGGUUUUUCGGCCACUUUGUUGUCGUUCUCUGUCGGCUUUUUCUAAACAGUUCUUGGCUGUAAUGUCAUUUCCAAACUACCGUAUCUCUGAAAUUAAUCACCUGUCAUCGACAUGCUUUAGCUGCUGUGAUGUUUUCGUUCGUUUGGUCCUGAUCUGUGUGUUAUAGUUGUGUAAAUGUGCUGACUGUGCUGUAUGUCUGAGUACCAUGUACUGUAAGUCUGCUAUUUGUGCCUCUCUGCACCUCACACAUUCACAGACUGUUAUUUAAAUGUUGUGAGAAAGCUUCCCACGGCUUCUGUAUGUGAGAUGAAAUCACUCCCUCGCUCACUUAAUGACACACAUUCAACAGGUGAAGUAUUAUUGUACACGACUGGCAAAGGAUGGUGAUUAAGAUCCAUCACGUAAUAUUUUACAGCGUGUCUCGGGAGUCACGUGACGCCGUUAACGACUUCUGGGUGAUUAACUUUUGGUUUCUGUGACAUCGUAGUUUCAGGCUUUUGUAACAUUUCUCAGCGAUCACCCCGUCUGUUUCUGUUUCACUUGUGUUUGUACUGUACAUACCAGACGUAAAGUCGUUGAAUAAAAUAUUCAUCAUGUAAACGAGA